AUGAAGGGGCAUAUGAGGUUUGGCAAAAAGGGAAAACUGACUCCUCGCUACAUUGGACAGUUUCAAAUCCUUGAGAGGUUGGGUCCUAUUGCUUAUUGUAUUGCCCUGCCACUGGGAAUGGAACAAGUGCAUAACGUUUUCCAUGUAUCCAUGCUUCGUGGGUAUCUUAGAGAUCCGUUCCAUGUGAUUGAUUACCAUCGGAUUGCUCUAGAUGAGGAUAUGAUGUAUGAAGAAUGGCCUGUGCAAAUCAUUGACUGGCAGGUGAAGCAAUUGAGAAACAAAAAUAUUCCUAUGAUGAAGGUUGAAUGGAGAGAACACUAUGGGAAGGAGGCCACUUGGGAGAAAGAGGAAGAGAUGCGGCAACGAUAUCCGCAUUUGUUUCCAUCAGAAGGAGAGAGAACUGACAUUGGGGCCACCAUCGAAGUUGAGAGAGUCGAAGUGACCGGACAAGUGAUUGUUGCGAUUGGCAUCAGACUCUUCUUAGAAAUCGCAGCCUUUGGUCUUCUUGAGAGCAAUGGUGGUGGCGAAUGA